UGUAACAGGCAACUUAUUUGUCCCGCAGUCGACGCCGAAUAUGAUUAAUAUUGUAUUAGAUUCUGAGCGAAGCGAUGAAUGUAUUGUGCUUGACAUUAUAAAAUAUCGUACUGUACAGGUCAAGUUUGUCACGUUUCACACGCGAUUAGAGUGUCAAGUUCAAAGUUGAAGUGUACACGUAUUUAGUAUUAUACUAUCAUACCUUCAACGUGCGAUAAAUACCAGCAAUUAUCGAAAUGAACGCUUCGAUGACGACUACCGUUUUGAUCUCGACAAUCGUUUUGAUUUUGUACGCGAAGACCGCUCGUUGUUGUGGUGGUUACGAGUUAGAAGUCGAUUACAUUAGAAACUGUGACUCGGACAACAUUGUCGAACUGUCCGAUAAAUUUUCUGUCGACAUGAAACCUAAUUGCGAAAUAUAUGUCAACGGAUGCUAUACCGCGCACGCCAACAUCACCAGCGCCAUGGUCGAUUUCACCGGCCAAAAGGACUUGAUAAAGCUGUCGGGCAAAAGGGACGGUUGCAAACAGCUCGACGACGUGAAAUCGUCGAGUGAAAUUCAAAUGGCUUUGGAAAUACUCGGAUUGCCGAAAAGCUGUCCCGUUAACAAGGGGAAGGCGUGCUUGGGAAAUAAACCGAUUAACGUGAGCAAGUAUAAAUCACUAAUGAACGUACUUGCCGGUCAUCUCAAGGGGAAAUCGGUAAUGACCACUAACGCGGGCAAGACCUGUAUAGAGUUUUCGGUAAAAUUGGUCAACGUGCUCAUAAAAGCCAUCGGUCGUGGUGUGAUUGGUUGAAAUCUAUAAACCUUACUACAUACCUAUAUUACAUAAUACAAUAUUAUAAUGUAUAAUUGACACCGUGUUGUGUUUACUUAUAUCAUCAUAUUUAAUCACUAAUCAACUAUAUAAUAAAUUAAAAAUAUUAUUUUGUAUCUACGUAAUAUAAUACAAGACAUAUGCAACCAA